AUGUCUUGGUAUCCUUCACUUGCUGGUGAGUCAUGUGUGAGUCAUAAUGAUGCUGGAUUUGCUUUUGAAAACAUUCCGUGUCUCUAUCCGAAUACGCUGGGAAAGACCUACUUUGCCUUCGAAAUAAACUAUGAUCCUGUUUCGCUUCGUGACAAAAUGUCCGACAAUCCAUGGAUCCCCAUGGUGGGGAUUGUACUGUAUGCUGUUGGCAUCAUUGGUGGCAAGAAGUAUUUUGAAAGUCGUCCAGCUUGGAAUUGGCGUCGCAGCAUGGCAAUGUGGAACUUGGGAUUGUCGGUCUUUUCGACUAUUGGAUUCCUACGGACAUUUCCCCAACUGAUGCACAAUUUGCUCAACUACACACUGACAGAAAACCUGUGCCAUGACCCUGAAUCGCAGUACGGAUCGGGUGCAACUGGUUUCUGGGUACAGAUGUUCUGCUUGAGCAAGUUUCCUGAGCUUCUCGAUACUUUCUUCAUUGUUAUUCACAAGAAGCCUUUGAUCUUCUUGCACUGGUACCAUCACAUAUCGGUACUCCUAUAUUGCUGGCAUGCAUACACGACAAAGGCUCCAGGCGGAAUCUUCUUUUCCACAAUGAACUACGCUGUUCAUGCAAUAAUGUACUUUUACUACUUCUUGAUGGCGGUUAAGAUGAAGCCCAAAUGGUUCAAUAGUAUGUGGAUUACUGUUUCUCAAAUUUCACAAAUGGUGGUGGGUGUGGCAGUGACAAUUCUAGGAUUCAUCUUGGCCCCCAAGUUUGAGAAAGAAUGUGCAUUGAAAUCUGAAAACAACGUUGCUGCCUUGGUCAUGUACGGAAGCUACUUGCUACUCUUCCUACAGUUUUUUGUGGCGAGAUAUCUUUCCAGACCAGCCAAGAAAUCAACAAAGAAGCAAGACUAA